AUGACCCCUGUCCCACAGCCACAUCCCCACACCCAACCGCCGAGCGCUUCCAACCCCGGCUUAGACUCUCCACCGCACGACCACGACCUAAGCGAGAUGCGCCUGUACAGCCUUAACAUCCUGCACCUCUCAAGCGGCAAAGCGACAUCGCUCGUAUGCGCCAACGAUCUCUCGACAUUCUCGUUCUACCAACGCGGUGGUGUGGCUGAGUUCAUGUCCUUUUUCGCGGGAACCGUGGCCGAGCGAACGCCAGCUGGACAACGACAGAGUAUUCAGGAAAAGUCAUAUGUGUUCCAUGUGUACAACCGAGGAGGGGCCGAGAACUUGGUUGGUGUAUUGAUCUCGGACGAAGAGUAUCCCGUUCGACCGGCGUUUUCGUUGUUGGCCAAGGCGCUGGAUGACUUUUCGACUGCCGUUCCUCAGACCUCGUAUUCGAAUCCGGGUGCGAUUUCGUUCCCCCAAGCACAGACGUAUGUCGCCAAGUACCAGGACCCCAAGCAAGCCGAUUCGAUUAUGAAGGUCCAGCAGGAACUGGACGAGACAAAGAUUGUUCUGCACAAGACCAUUGAAGCUGUACUUGAACGUGGCGAGAAACUCGACGAUUUGGUCGAUCGGUCUAAUAAUUUGAGUAUGCAGAGCAAGGCGUUUUACAAGACAGCCAAGAAGCAAAAUUCAUGCUGCGUCAUUGCUUGA